CAGCUCUCUACUAGCUAGCAGCUACUAGCCUACUGCACUAGCUGAGCUUAGCUUGACUGCAAUGGCGGCGGCGAAGGUAGCGCUUGUCCUGGCCGUGAGCCUCCUCGUGGCGGCCAUGGCGAGCGCUUGUUCCUACUGCCCGCCGGAGCCGAAGCCGAAGCCACCGGCGCCGAAGCCGAAGCCCAGCUACGGCGGGUCGUCGUGCCCGCGCGACGCCCUGAAGCUGCACGUGUGCGCCAACGUGCUCGGCCUCGUGAAGGCCAAGAUCGGGGCGGCGCCGUACGAGCCCUGCUGCUCGCUGCUCGACGGGCUCGUCGACCUCGACGCCGCCGUCUGCCUCUGCACCGCCAUCAAGGCCAACGUGCUGGGCCUCAACCUCAACGUCCCCGUCGACCUCAGCCUCAUCCUCAACAACUGCGGCAAGAUCUGCCCCUCCGAUUACCAGUGCGUGCACUAGAUCGAAUCGAUCGAUCAAUGCACUUGCACCGGCCGUGACUACUGUAUCUUGAUGAUGAUGUUGUUGUUGUUUUUUUUUUUCUCCCCCAAUAUCUCGAUCGAUGUUGCUGUUUCGGUAGUGAUUUUGAACUCUUGCUUGCUCUAUUUUUUUUUCUUGGUUCUGUGUAUUCUUUUGUUCCCAUGAUUCGUCAAUAAAAUGAAGCUGUAGUUUUC